AUGCAUGGUCCGUGUGGCCAUCUAAAUCCCGAGUGUCCAUGUAUGAAGCAUCUAAAGAGCAAGGGGUCUUGCAAAUAUGGAUAUCCAAAACAGUUUCGCAGUGAGACGACAAACAAUGGUGAUGGUUAUCCUAUGUACAAGAGACGGGAUACUGGUGACAGUGCUUCUAUACGCAAAGCAACAUUGGAUAACAGAUGGGUAAUACCAUAUAACCCUUAUCUUUCAGCCUUGUUUGAUUGUCAUUUAAACGUGGAAGUAUGCUCGAUAAUUGAAGCAGUGAAGUACUUAUAUAAGUACGUUUACAAGGGGCAUGACAAGAUCUCGUUCAAUGUUGUGCGGAAAGGUGGGGUUGACACUAUCGAUGAGAUAGAGCAUUACCAAUCAUGGAGAUGGGUUUCUGCUUGUGAAGCUUCAUGGCGCAUUUUUGGAUUUGACCUUUUUGAGAUGCACCCACCUGUCAUGCCCCUCCCAGUGCAUUUACCUAAUAUGCAAACAGUCCAAGUAAGGCCUCAUGAACAACUUGAUAGCAUUGUUUUGAAUGACAAACGCUCUCGAACUCCCCUUACAGCUUUUUUUAAAGCCAAUGCCACAAUUGAAGGUGCACAAAAUUACUUAUACGGCGAAUUCACAGAGCACUAUAGGUGGGAUCUUUCUUCAAAGGAAUGGGUUAAGAGGAAAAAUAAGGUGAUUGUCAUUGGUAGGCUCACAUUUGUAGGUCCAACAGAGGGAGAAAGAUAUUUUUUGAGACUGUUGCUUCUAAAUGUACGAGGGCCACGGUCAUUUGAAGACCUUUUAACAGUUGAUGGGUAUAGAUGUGCAUCCUUUCAAGAAGCAGCUAUUAAGCUCAGGUUGCUAGAAGAAGAUGAUGCAAUUGAUAAGUGCUUAGCUGAGGCAUGUGAAGUACAAAUGCCUCCUGCUAUCUGUCGCCUUUUCUCAACUGUCCUGAUUUUUUGCCAACCAAGUGACCCAAAUGCAUUGUGGUUAAAAUACUAUGCCGCCCUCUCAGAAGAUUUUAGCCACAAAUUUCCUAAUUUCCCAGAGAAGGUUAGGCAUCUUACCGCUAGAGCAGUUGAGCAAUAUUUGGAAGCCAUGGGUAAGUCACUUAAAGCAUUUGGGUUGGAACACUUACAAGGCCAAGAAGAUGAUGAGUUGCGGAGGACAAAGGAUAUUGUCGAUGCACUGGAUGCACCAAUACCGCAAGAUUGCAUUGAUUGUCGUUCAAAACUCAACUCAGCACAACAAAAAGCAUUUGAUGUAAUAAUCCACCAUGUUAAACAGCGAAAGCCUGGUGCAUUCUUCAUAGAUGGCCCUGGUGGAACAGGCAAAACGUUCUUAUACAAUGCGCUCUACGCUGAAGUUCGCUUAAUGAAUCAGAUAGUCCUCCCUACUGCCACUUCAGGUAUCGCUGCAUCUAACAUACCUUUUGGAAGAACAGCACAUUCUCGGUUCAAAAUACCCAUUGAUUCAGAUGCUUCACUAGCAUGUGACGUUCCUAAACAGGGUAGCCUAGCUGCAUUGAUACGGGCAGCAAGUUUGAUCAUUUGGGACGAAGCUUCAAUGGCAAGGAAGGAAAAUGUCGAGUCACUAGAUAUGCUCCUCCGAGACCUGUGUGAUGCAACUCUGCCUUUUGGAGGUAAGAUCAUUGUUUUGGGGGGAGAUUUUCGGCAAGUAUUGCCCGUUGUGCCCGGCAAAUCACAAAGAGAAGCUGUUAAUGCUAGCUUAGUGAGUUCAGUGCUUUGGCCUAAACUUAUCAAAUUUAGGCUCACAGAGAACAUUCGAGCUAGAGAAGACCCUACAUUUUCAUCGUUCCUCCUUUCACUAGGGAAUGGAGAACUGCAAACUGAAGAAAAUGGAUUCGUUCUGCUGCCAUCUGAAAUUGUUACCAACCCCGGGGAAAAUGAAGAUCCUAUAAAUGAGAUAACCUCAUUGGCGUUACCUGAACUUGAUAUGAACGAAUUCACAAUAGAUAUAUUCACAACAAGGGCAAUAUUAACUCCCAUGAAUGAUGAUGUCGAUUCAAUUAAUUCAGUCCUUAUAGAGAAGUUCCCUGGACAAGCUGUCAUUUAUAAGAGCUUUGAUACAAUUUUUGAUGAUAAUUGUGCAAUAUAUCCUACUGAAUUUAUAAACAAGCUUUGUCUUGGUGGAAUGAGCCCACGUGAACUUGUGUUGAAGGAAAAUUGCCCUGUCAUAUUACUCCGUAAUAUCUUGCCUUCUGCUGGGUUAUGCAAUGGAACACGUCUUAUAUGCAAACGUUUCUUCCCCAACAUAAUUGAAUGUGUUAUAACAACCGGCCACCACAAAGGAGAACACGUCCUUAUACCAUGGAUUAAAUUGCGGCCAGCCGUCUCAACAAACUAUCCAUUCCAAUUUCAAAGGAAACAAUUUCCUAUCAAACUCAGCUUUGCAAUGACAAUUAACUAG